AAUUGAUCAGGUCGGAUUUGGGUCGGAGAAUAAAAAUCAAUAGAGGGACCCGUCCUGACCGGGGGAGUCUUCCAAGACAUUCCCCCAGGCCGUCGGGGUUACGCUGCUAUUGAAUCGUCUUUAUUCCUAUCUCGAGAAAAUCUGUGCAGAGAAACCAUGUCGUCGAUUGACAAGAUCAUCCUCAAGAGCUCGGACGGAGAGUCCUUCGAGGUGGAGGAGGCGGUGGCUCUGCAGUCCCGUACCAUUGAUCAGAUGUUCAAGGAAAAAGACUUCCCCGACGACGGCAUCCCCCUCCACAACGUCACCAGCAGGAUCCUCUCCAAGGUCAUCGACUACUGCAAGAUGCACGUCGUUGACACCGAUCGCGACUCCUCCGUCGCCGGCGACGACCUCAAGGCCUGGGAUGCUGAGUUCGUCAAGGUCGACCAAGGGACUUUCUUCGACCUCAUCCUGGCGGCCAAUUAUCUGGACAUCAAGGGCUUGCUGGAUCUCACCUGCCAGACUCUGGCUGACAUGGUUAAGGGGAAGACACCCGAGGAGAUAAGGAAGACGUUCGGUAGCAAGAAUCAAUGCACGCCCGAGGAAGAGGAAGAGGUUCGAAGGGAGAACCAAUGGGCCUUUGAGUGAAAAGAGGUACUUAGUCAAAGCAAACUUUUGUGCUGAGGCAUUAGUCGUUUUUCCCUUGCGGAAACUGAGGUCCCCGUUUCUUACUCAAGAUCAAUCUUCUGUUAGGGGUAAUUGGACCUUGUUCUUGAAUCGUUUAUGGUCUUACUGUCUGCAUAACACGUGUUUAUGAUAUGAUGGCUCAGUUUCUUGGCCGUCGCAAUGCAUUGCGUUCUCUUAUCCACCUAUUUUUGCGUUGGUUAUGUGUGCUUGGAGAUGUUGCUAGUUUAUGUCUAGUGAGCUUGAAAUAUGUGCCCAAGGAGUUCGAUGUUUGAACUUUGAACACGGUUACUAGUAAGGAAAAGAAGUACCUUCAGUGGUCCUCACGGUAUUACGCUGUUUAAUAA